AUGAAGAUGAAGAUGCCGCAUGUACAUGGCAUGGCGGUCUUGUGCCUUGUGGCCUUUGUGUUUGUGUGCUCGACUUCGGCCCUGUUUGCGGCGCCUGCGAGGGACCAGAAGCUCGUGGCCGAGGUCCAGCGGGACAUGCUCGAGGGAGGCCCCCUGGCCCCGCUCGCCCCGCGCCACCGCCCCGCAGCCGCCGCCUCCGCCGACCUCGACGCCAUCGUCCACGAGUUUGCCUCGAAGCAGGGCAAGCGGCAGGGCGGCGGCGGCGGUGGAGUGCCGUCGAGCCUCACGCCGGUGGUGAUCGUGCCCUCCCUCAUCGGGAGCAAGCUGCAGGCCCAGCUCAACGGCUACCGCUCCCAGCACUGGUACUGCUUCACCGAGUGGCGGGAGUGGUUCACCAUCUGGGCCAACUGGAACGAGUUCAUUCCGCCCUUUGCCAACUGCUGGUACGAACAGUUCGCGCUCCACCUCGACCAGCAGCGCAGCGGCCGCUCCUUCAACACCCCCGGGGUGGAUAUUCGGUACGUGGACUAUGGCGGGGUGGACGGGGUGGCGUACCUGGACGACGACCACUCGGUCGGGAUCUGGAACUCGACGAUCUACCUGCUCGAGGCGCUGGGCUGGGAAGUGGGCAAGAACCUGCGCGGCGCGCCCUACGACUGGCGCUUCGGGCCGGAGACCUUCGCCGCGCAGGACUGGCCCCGGCUGCGCGCCCUCUUCGAGGAGACCUACGCGCUCAACAACAACUCCAAGGUGGCGGCGGUGUCGCUGUCGAUGGGCGGUCCCUACUUCCUGGCCUUCUUGAACCAGCAGACGCAGGCGUGGAAGGACAAGUACCUCCACUCGUUCGUCUCGUUCGAUGGCGCCUUCGGCGGCAGUCCCUCGGCCACGUCGGCCCUCAUCUCCACCAGCGGCUGGUGGUCCUCCAAGUUCGCGGACGCGGAGGCAAUGCGCGCCCUCGUCCAAAGCUGGCCUGCCAUCAUCUACGGGGAUGACUACGUGUGGGUGAGCACCACGAACCCGCCCAAGAACUACACCACGGCCGACUUUGCGCAGAUGCUGGCCGACUCGACCGGCUACAACGCCUCCAUCGUCUUCCGCAAUCUCCAGGCCAACAACUGGCUCCAGUUCGCUGCGCCGGGCGUGGAGUCGCACUGCUUCUUUGGCACCGGCGUGCCGACGCCGCUGCGCAGCACGUUCGCCACGGCGGCGUUCGACACGCCGCCGGUGACGGUCCACGGCGACGGCGACGGCGUGGUGCCCGAGGCCGGCCUGCGGCUGCUCGAGAGCUGGACCGGCAAGCAGCCCCAGCCCAUCUACAGCUACCCGAUCCCUGGCCUCGUCCACGGCGGCAGCGUCUUCAACAAGCAGGUCCUCCGCAUGUUCCUCGAGAUCCUCUCCUCGCACCCUUAA